GAUCGUUUGUCAAUUGAAAUUCAACAACCAGACAUACUACAACAUGAACUGCCUUAAGAUCUGCGGCUUUGUUUUUGCUCUUAUUGCUGCUUUGGCUAGCGCAAGUGCUUCCACACAGGUGAUACAUGCCAACGGUCAUACAUUAGUACAAACUGCCAAUGGACAAUAUAUACGCAAAAACUAAAUCUGUACUCAAAACAUGUUAAUAAAAUAACUUUAAAUAGCA